AUGUAUAGUCGCAUAUCAGACCAUACAGAUGAUGAAGCUAGAUAUAAAGUUAAACUAGGUAAAUCGAGAAAGAAGCUACGAAAAUUACAAAGAAAGGACUCCAAAAGAAUUAAACAUGAAAAGAAGCUUGAAUGGCUAAAGAAAAAGAAGUUAAAGCACAAUUCUGGUUUAAAGAAUGAUUCAUCUUCAAAGAAAAUAAGCACAGUGUCCUCUGACCAUAGCGUUAAACCUAAAUCGAUUUAUAAAUCUCACACAGAUGGUGAAAGGGAACAAAAAUCAGUAAAAUUCGAAAAAGAAAAGAACACACCGGAAGAUUUAGAAUUGGAGUAUUUGGAAAAGCAACUUCUUAAAAAUAGAAAGGCCGGCAAGGGAAAGAGGCUGGAUCCACUCCAGGAACUUAAGUCGGAAUUUGUAAGAGAUGGAUUUGACGAGGAUUUUUUGGACUUCUUAUCAAAUAUUACUAAGAUUGGAGAUAAAGAAAAGGUUUUGGAUAACGAUGACUUGUAUGAAGAAGAUGACACGUUCGUAAAACAUCGGCAUGGAGGAUCGAGUAGUCAAGUUCAAAAUGAAGAUUCUGAUAAUGAUGAAGAUCUAACGGAUGAGGAUGAGAAGCAAAUUGGACUCGUAAACAAAUUAUCGGAAGGAAACUAUAAUUUGAUCAUAAAUCAACUCUACGAAUUAUACUCAAAUUUAAUAUCAAAGGGGAACAAGAAAGGAGCUUCAAAGGAGUUCUCGGACAUUUUGAACACAAUGUUCGGAGAACUGUGCGACUUGGUGAUUAAAAUGAUGAUCAAUGAAGUAAACGUGGUCAUAUCGUUGAUAGCAACGCAGUCGGCACUAAUAUGUUCACUGGCAAACUACUUCAAUACAACGAUACUAAACAUUUUUUUAAACAAAAUGUUUGCAAUUUUUAAAACUCACGUGGAAAUACUGUGUAAAGCAAGUGAUAAAAGUAAAAGCGUAAUAGAUAAAGAUAAAUUGAUAUCAAGGAACAUAGUCAUAUCGCUGUGCUCGCUGUUCUACUUUGAAGUGAUUGACAUUGAUAUAAUGUUCCACGUAAUUAAAUUGCUAACAAAGGAUGAGUCUAACGAAAACACACUGCAGUUGUUACUCAUACUUUUGAAAUACUCAGGAUACAGCAUUAGUAAAAACAGUGAUAUACUAAAGUAUUUGAAUGGAAUAAUUGAAAAGUAUAAGAAGAGCCACGACGUUGUAACAAAUCGCAUGAAGUACAUUGAGGAGGAACUGAAUACAAAUAAAAAAGCAGCUAACAUAUUUGAUCAGUUUGAAUAUUUAAAGAACUUGAUAAGGGGCAAAAUGAACAUUAAUCGCAAUGUGAUAAAUCUUGACGGAAUGUUAAACUAUAAUAAGGAAGAUAUAACCAUAGUAAAUGUGACGAAAAGAAAAGAUACGAGGAAGGACGAGUUGAUCAAGAAGGCAGUGCAAAUAGGACUAAACAAGGAUAUCCAAAAGACAAUAUUCAUAUGCAUAAUGAAUUCAAUCAGUCCUGAAAAUGCAUUAAACAAUAUACUGCACAUCAAGUUAAAGAGCACACAGGUAUUGUUUACACGUCUGUUGAAUCUGAACAUCUGUAAAAAGUAUAAAAGGCACAUUAACAAUAACAUCAUUUUGUACUUUAAAAACUUUGAAUCGGUAACACAGACUCAAACAGUGUUGCUGUCAAAGUUGUUUUAUCAGCUGAUCAUAAAUAAGAUAGCCAGGCUACGUCUGCUGAAUUUUAUCAAUUUGAGCCACUACUCUUCGAAAACGUUCAAGUCUUUUAUUACAAACCUUUUUGGUAACAUUGUCAGCCACGGUGGCGAAGACGUUGAUGAGGCCAUGGAGGAGUAUCUAAUUCAGGAGCUCCUGUCCAUUAAAUCAGAAGUACCCUCUAUUGACUUAACAUUUUCUGUUUAG